AUGGAUUUGGACAAGGUGAUCUAUAUGCACAACAAUGCAACCCCUCACAAAGCAAAAAUCACCCUCAAAUGGCUAGAAGAACAUGGGAUUGAGUGUCUUGAAUGGCAAGCUAACUCUCCUGAUCUCAAUCCUAUCAAGAACUUAUGGGCAGAGCUCAAACAGAAACUAGGCAAGUACAAGGAGCCCCCAAAUGGGAUCCUGGAGUUGUGGGAGCAGGUUCAGGUGGUUUGGGACCAGUUUGCGCCAGCUUAUUGUCAAAACCUAAUUGAAAGCAUGCCAAGAUGCAUGGCUCUGGUUUUAGAGAAGAAGGGAAAACCCACUCCUUAUUGA